AUGCCGCAUGUUACCUAUCACGCUCGUCUCCAGCAAGUUCUCGCCUGGUUUUCCCAAGCCGCUGUCUAUAUUCCUAUGCCUCCAGGUUUGGAUGAGGUACACGAACAGGCGGUCGACGCCUCACGCUUGCCCUCCGUAGCACCUGAACCUAGUUCCGAUGUUGAAAUGGCUGAUGCGGAAAGUGAAUGCGAGUUCAUCGCUCUGACGGAUAACGACGUAGGCGGCAUCGCGUUGAACCGGGCUUCUCGUGCUCCUUCGUUCGGCAACCACGACCCUGUGCCGCCAAACAUGUCUGUUGGCGUAUUCAAUCCAACGGCUGCAUCGCGCGUCCACUCGCCCUCCCCGCUAUCGCUAUCUACCACUACUUCUGGUUUCAUCUUGGACGUUCUUGCACUGCGUAUUUCUUUGGUUACGAUCCAACCGCUUACCGCUUCCAAGCAUCUUCCUGCCGGUCACAACCACGCUGACCUGACUAUUCCCGAGGAGACACUCCGCGCGCUGCUCGCCAAAGCGCUGGUCUGGUUCAUAGAUCGCGAAUGCCUCGAAGAUGUCGGGGAGUCUCGCAUUGUCCUUGUUGGACGCGAGGCCGGCGAGCCAAUGACUCCCGUCUCCCCUGCUAUUUUUGUGGAUGAGCUUCGCUUCAUCGCUCAAUACCUUCCCGAAGGCUUCAUGACUCAACAGGCCACGGACGAUUUCGACGCAUACAUGUUUCAUGCCGGUCAAUACUCGGCUAAGUCGUCUGCUUACUUCGUUGUGUUCGCUCUCGUUUUCAACGCCAUCCUGUGGGUCACGCGCGCGAUGAUCUUCCUCGUUGCUUCGCUGUUCCGUGUCAUCAUCUGA